AUUCCUCCUGCAAAAAAAAAAAAAGAAAAAGCGAAGCAGCCCCUGCAAUUUUUGUUCUGUCUGUCUCGGUUGCUACAGGCAGCUCGGAGGUGCACGGGCAGCAGACGUGGGGGUGGAAGAAAAGGAACGAACCAUACCAAAAUGUGACAGAUCUGCGCUUUUUUUUGUCGGGGGGGGUUCAUGGCGGAGUGGAAACUGGCGCAAGAGGAGUUGCUGCAGGACUCCUUGGAGCCACUGGUCGCUGCCGGAUCAAAAUGCUCAUAGUCGAGAAGACCACCGACUUUCCCUCUGCUGAGUUCUCUUUGGUGGAGGAUGUCGCCCUUCACUUCACCUGCUUGAUGGACCGGCUGAACGAGCAGCGCCUCUUCCAGCCGGACCUGUGCGACGUGGACAUCGUGCUGGUGCGCCACCACAGCACCUUCCCGGCCCACAAGGGCGUGCUGGCCGCCUACAGUCCUUUCUUCCACUCGCUGUUCGCAAAGCUGCGCCGCGUCGACCUCUCGCUCGACGCCCUGACGUCGCAGGGCCUGCAGCAGGUUCUCAACUUCAUCUACACGUCCAAACUUUUAGUCAGCAGCCGCACCAUCGCUGACGUGCUCAACGCCGCCACGCUGCUGCAGAUGAGCGACAUUGUCGCCUCCUGCCGCCAACUCAUCGGCAGCCGGUCUCUGCGGAACGCCGACAUGGACCAGCUGGACGGGGGUGGGACUGCAUGUGAGCAGCUCUACCGGGACAUCAAACAGGAGCGCGGUGGCGAUGACAAGUCCAAGAUAUCGGAUCCUCACGCGACCUUCAACAAAGACCAAAUCAUCGUGGAAGUCAACCUCAACAACCAGACGCUCAAUGUGUCCAAGGGCUCCGAGGGCGGCAAAGAGGCGGAAGUGUUUUGCGGUUGUGACGGGAGGGAAUCCGAGGAGGACGAAGCAGAAAACGGCCUGAAGAAAGAAAUGGACAUGCUGGGGCAGAGUACUGAAGAAGAGGAGAAUGAGGAAGAGAAUUCCCUCGAUCUUCCGCCGGCCGAGUCAGACCUGGUCCGUCCUCGCAGGGCGCUCGCCGUGGCGGUGACGCUCGCCCGCCGGCGUCCGGGAGACGCGGAGGGCGCGAGCCCCAAGGCGAGGCUGGAGGAAAAGCAGCAGUUCUCGUGCAAGAAGUGCCCGCGAGUCUUCAACAACCGCUGGUACCUGGAGAAGCACACCAGCGCCACCCACAGCCGCGGGCACGUCUGCACCAGCUGCGGCAAGAGGUUCCUGCUGGAGAGCGAGAUGCUGCUGCACCAGCAGACCGACUGCGAGAAGAGCAUCCGGUGUGUGGCAUGCGGCAAGGCCUUCAAGAAGCUGUGGUCCUUGCACGAGCACAACAAGGUGGUCCACGGCUACGCCGAGAAGAGGUUCUCCUGCGAGAUCUGCGACAAGAAGUUCUACACUAUGGCGCAUGUCCGCAAGCACAUGGUCGCCCACACGAAGGACAUGCCGUUCACGUGCGAGACGUGCGGCAAGUCGUUUAAGCGCAGCAUGUCUCUGAAGGUGCACUCUUUGCAGCACUCUGGCGAGAAGCCCUUCAAGUGUGAGAACUGCAGCGAGCGUUUCCAGUACAAAUACCAGCUGCGUUCGCACAUGAGCAUCCACAUCGGGCACAAGCAGUUUAUGUGCCAGUGGUGCGGCAAGGACUUCAACAUGAAGCAGUACUUCGACGAACACAUGAAAACCCACACUGGAGAGAAGCCGUACAUCUGCGAGAUCUGCGGGAAGAGCUUCACGAGCCGGCCCAACAUGAAGCGCCACCGCCGGACCCACACGGGCGAGAAGCCGUACCCGUGCGAGGUGUGCGGCCAGCGGUUCCGCUUCUCCAACAUGCUCAAGGCGCACCGGGAGAAGUGCUUCCGUGUCAGCCAGCCGCCGGACGACCCGGCGGAACCGGAGCGGCAGCCGGAGGAGACGAGGUCCAGCGCCGCGCAGCCCCCCAUGCCUCACCCCCCUCCCUCGACGCACAUACACCCUCUUCCGACGCCUGCCCUCUUUUCUGGGGGUGACCGCUAACAUCUAAAGAGACAGUCCUACUGAUCCUGCGCUCGCCACGAAAAAGGCCAAAUUUUUUUGCAGUAUUUGCACCGUUGACAAUUAUUUGUCAGAAAAUGAACUGCGCCCAACGCAUGCAAACGAAAUCCUGACAGGUAAAUGCAACUUCAAUCAUUUUAACCCUGGAAACGGUUCUUUCUCUUAAGCAAAUCAAUCCUUUUUGGGAUUUAUCAAUUAUUGUUUUGAGUUACGGUCUAGUGUGAGUGAACGCAAAGGAGCUUAGGAAGUGAAAAAGAAGUAGCCACUGCCGCGUAAAUAUAAUUUUUUAUGCUAGUUUCAAACAAAGCAUUGCACUGGGAAGCUAACUAGCUUGUUUCUGUGUGUUUUUAUACGCAACGCUCGUGAGUUAGCUAAAUCCAAGUACAAUGCCGUAGAUAACAUAACAUAGACACAAGAAUUAAAUGUUAACAGGCAGCAAAUACAAAAAGUGAUCUACUAACUUUAGCCAAAGUAGGCUUAAAAAAAAAACUGAAGACUGCACUAUCGACGCACUUAGCUUAGUUGUCGUUUAGCAUUUAACUGUCAGCAAGCGUAAAUCUAACUUUUGCUAUUUUGGUUUCAUUACAAAGACGAAGCACCUUGGUGAAUCUUAAGCUAACCCUUUUUAGGAUUAUAAAGCUACAUUAGAUUUUUAUUAUUAUUUUUUUUUAAAACACUUUUGUUUGCUCCUUUUGUACUACAUGGUCCAUUUAAAACCCUUAAAAUGCACUCAUUCCUGCAAAAAAUUGAGUGGAAAAUAUUUGAUUACACGGUAAAACAUGAUAUACUAUAUCUUGUACCUCUUCAAAAAUAUUGAUACAACUGACUUUAUUUUAAAUAUCAAAUCAGGAGAGAACAUGUAUAUACAUUUCCCUUUUUUCAGUGCUAUUGUACAGAGCCCCUUAAGGAACAUUUGGAAAAAAAACAUUGCAAUCAAUAUUUUUUUUCGGAUAUAAGACAAGUUUUUGCAAUGUAGUAAUUAUGAGUUUAACACCCCUACGAUAUUACGAGAAAAGGCUCAAGUUGUUAUACUGUACGUUUUUUUCUUUGCCGUUAUAAUAAGCAUUAGCCAAAAAUUCCGUGUCUGCAAUUUAAGAAAAAAUGAAAAUACCGAGAUCCAUUGGCUGUAGUUUGACGUUUUGUGUUGUUUUUUUUUCUUCCAGUGUGACGUUUCUUGAAUGUUGUCGUAUGGCAGGAUGCGAAGGGCGAGUAGUUCAAGCUACUUUUUUUUUUUUUUUUUUGCACAUUGAACUCGGUACGCCGCAGCCGAUUUUUGACGCAUGAGCCUCCAUUUUUGUCACGGAUUUGAAGGUGAACGAAUGGCAACCGUGAAGCACUUUAUUGUCUAGUUUGGUUAAUCUCGUUUUGAUUUGGUGUCCAAAAUUCAAAAUAUAGAAUAUUACCAAAAUCCACACUUUACAGUUAAGAAUAAAGGACUAAAAUCAACAUGACCAUAAUUUUUUCUUUUUUUUUAUGUAUAUAGUGUAAUAAAAUGUCUUAGACCACCUACCAUAAAGAAACCCAAACAGUUUCUUGAAGCGCUUUAAUGCAAACUCUUUUGAUUGGAGAUGUCUUAGCGCGAAAACUCAUUUUUAUGUUCAGAAAUUUAUAAAAUGAAAAGGGGGUUUUUUCCUUCUGUUUUUUAACAAAAUAAUUUAAAGAGUCUGUUUUUUUUUUCCCUUUUUCUUUACUCAAUGUUAUUUUAAAAGUAACCCACAUAACAGUGCUAUGAACCUACUUCUUUCAUAAUAAUAAAGUAUGAGCGUCUAAAAAAAAUAUUUUGUUCAGAGCUUCACCACAUUCCCCCUUAAAGAAAUACAUUUUUAGAUUUUGAUAAUUAUGACUAAUAUAGCAUAACAUUUAGUGCAUAUACCUUACAUUGAGUGCUGGUCUCAUACUAAGCAUUGAAUAAAUUAGUUCACAGUUGUACACUAUAAUACAGUAGAUUAUUGCAAUUGAACAUCAAUAUUUAUAUUAUUUAAAAAUUAUCAAAUGCAAAUAAUACAAUACACGCCUUACCCCUUAAUACGUGAUUAUUUUUUUGGGCCAUUAUAUGAGGAAAUAUGUGAAAUGGAGAUUAAAGAGAAGGAUAUUUUUUUUUUUAAUAUACUAUGGCGUCAUCUGACAUGUGCAGUAUAAAUGACCAUAUCCUUUUUUUUGUUUUAUUAUUAUUUUUCAAAGCUUUCAGAUGUUAAUGUGGUGUUAUACUAAGUGGCAGUAAAAAAAAAAAAAAAA